ACACACCUUUUUGUUGUCAUCGAGCACUCGACAAUGCCAGGUGAACUAUUAAAUCAGUUUUUCGCGCCUCGAGUCUCAUUAUCGCACUAGAAUCUUCUGCAUUAAUAGAGAAACGGUGCUUUAUCGCCUGAGAAUUAUUUUUUUAUCGAACAAAUUCUUUUCGUAAUUUUCAAUUCGAUGUGAUAACAGUGUCUUGUCUGAUAAAUCCAGUGGAUCAUGCUCACGAUAAUAAUGGAAUAUGUGUGAUAAAUCGGGAAUGUCAGACGUGCCGUACGUGCGGGAAUAAUUACCUGUGGACAUUGUUUCUGGAUUACGUUCUUUUUUUUUAAAGGAAUACAUUUUACGUGAAUAUUACGAAAUUAACGGAGGUGUUCUAAAAAAUGCCGUUGUUUAAACCAAAGAGCUCAUCGUCCCGAUCAUCCUCGAGCCCGGAGAAAAUGAAUAACGGAGCUCAGGAUGGUGAGGGUCACGACACGGUGAGCAACAGUAGUUCACAGAUGAACACCACCAAUGGCAAUGGUAAACGGGACAGAAACAGUCCCCAGAAUCGCUUUCCUGAGGCCCAGACUGACGAGAGUAAAACACAACUUGUCUUUCGAUGCCAAUUGGCUCAUGGCAGCCCAACAGGUUUCAUUUCUGGAUUCAGCAACGUUCGAGAGUUGUACCAGAGAAUUGCUGAUUGUCACGAUUUACCUGCCAGUGAGAUAUUGUUCUGCACGUUGAAUACCCACAAAGCCGAGAUGUCGGAACUACUUGGGGGACAAAUUGGCCUCGAGGAUUUCAUAUUCGCCCAUCGAAAAGGGAGGCCGAAGGAAAUAGAAUUGAUAAAAACCGAAGAUGCCUUGGGCCUGACGAUAACAGACAACGGUGCAGGCUACGCUUUCAUAAAGAGAAUAAAAGAAGGAUCUGUGAUUGAUAAAAUAAAAAUAAUACAAGUUGGUGAUCAUAUUGAAAAAAUUAACGAGGAGAAUCUAGUAGGAAGACGACAUUUCGAAGUUGCCAAGAUGUUGAAGGAAAUUCCGAAGGGCUCGAUGUUCACUCUCAGACUGAUUGAGCCCCAGAAGAAUGGAUUUGGAAGUAUUGGACCUCGUUCUGAUCCCAGGAAAGGGAAAAAAUCUGGAUAUGGAACCGGCAAAGAAACUUUGAGAUUUAAAGCUGAUGGAAGUGCACAUAUUCAACCUCAUUUGUAGUUUUUACUCGUAAAAACACCUGCCAUCGAUGCAAGUAUUUUGUUGGCCUCGUUUUCGAUGGGAAUCAUUGAAUUCUAUUUUUUUUUUAUAAUUCUAUUGUAUAAUGAAUAUGUAAUGAGAUUAGUUUAAAAUACUUGGAUCAAAACUGUACCUAAUUAUUAUCAUUAAUAAGCACAGAGUUUAUUGAUACGGAAGAGAUAUUUUAAUUAAUGAGUACCAAACAAUUUGUAAUUAAUGUUAAAUAAAAUGGACUGAAAAUUUAA